CCGAGUGGUUUUACCUUGUUCAGUGCAAGAGUAUCAAGUUGGGCAACUUUAUUCUGUGGCAGAAGCUAGCAAAAAUGAAACAGGAGGUGGUGAAGGAAUUCAAGUCUUAAAAAAUGAGCCUUAUGAAAAGGAUGGCGAGAAGGGACAAUAUACUCACAAAAUCUAUCAUUUAAAGAGUAAAGUUCCUGGUUUUGUAAGGAUGAUUGCUCCAGAGGGCUCCCUGGUGUUCCAUGAGAAGGCUUGGAACGCAUAUCCAUACUGUAGAACAAUUGUCACAAAUGAAUACAUGAAAGAUGACUUCUUCAUAAAAAUUGAAACCUGGCAUAAACCAGAUUUGGGGACAUCAGACAACGUGCACAAUUUAGAUCCAAACACAUGGAAAAGUGUUGAAGUUGUCCAUAUUGACAUUGCAGAUAGAACUCAAGUAGAACCAGGAGACUACAAAGCUGAUGAAGACCCUGCAUUAUUCCAGUCGGUUAAGACGAAGAGAGGACCAUUGGGGCCAAAUUGGAAGAAAGAGCUAGCAACUGAUGAAGAGUGUCCUAAAAUGUGUGCUUACAAGCUGGUGACUAUCAAAUUUAAAUGGUGGGGAUUGCAGAACAAAGUUGAAAACUUUAUACAAAAGCAAGAAAAAAGGAUAUUUACCAACUUUCAUCGCCAGCUGUUCUGUUGGAUUGACAAGUGGAUUGAUCUGACUAUGGAAGACAUUAGGAGAAUGGAGGAUGAAACCCAAAAGGAGCUGGAAGCGUUACGUAAUCAAGGCCAAGUCAGAGGAACAAGUGCUGCCAAUGAUGAAUGAUGAUGGAUUUAACCAUCUCAUGCAGUGUUGAUAUACAAAUGUGUGUGUGGAUGCAUGAUUAUUUGUAUAUAAUUAUAUAUACGCACAUGCAUACUGAAGGGGGUUGUUACAGUGUCUCCAGGGUACUAUACCUGUCCUCAGCAAAGAUUCAAAGGAAACUGCUUUCAAUAUGUAUACCUGAAGCAAAUAAAAAUCAACUGAGUAGUGUCAUUUAAAGGAUGAAUUAACUGCAGAAUUAUGCUAACUGGUAUGUUUCAUGAAUGUCAAUACUGGACCAAUUUAUUCCCUACUUGUUUUUUUCCUGUCUUGAGUCACUCUGCUAUAACUUGCCCAUAUCUCAUUGUAAAGAAACAGAUUCCAAUAAGUUAAUUUCAGUUUUGUGUCUUCCCUAUGUGAUUAUUUUUGGAGUAGGAACAAUGAAUGUAUUUAUAGCUAUUUAUUUCUGGAUUGUCAUUAUCCUAUAGUCAAAUCAGAAAAAAACUUCUAUUACUGGAAAUUGGAAGACUUUUACUGUUGAAUAAGUUUAGCCCAGACUUUACCCAUUCACUGAUUUAAAAGAAAAAAAUCAUGUUUUAUUGGACUUUUGUACAUUGAAAUGCUAAUGUUUUUUCUUCAUUAAAAUUGGCAAGAUUAAGGAAAAA